GUUUCCAUUUAUAGGAUAGACUUUAAACUAGAUUUCCAAAUCAACCCAAAGGAGAGGGUCGUCUCUGUCUCUCGAUUGUUGUCUCGAGCUGGCUGUUCAUCGGCCCUGGCUUUUUUCCUUUCGGUGGAAUCUAGGGUUAGGGUUUCGAGUUUGCAGGUGAAGAAACGAACUUCUUCAUCCAUUCUUCUGUUUUCUGCUUCAGAAAUCCCCUUCUUGAACUGAGAAUAUUAGGGUUGGGGGAGUCGUUUUUCAACGAUGAAGAGAGGAAAGUUCGAUACACUGGUGCCAACGAGUCGGCUCAAAUCGUUUAAAAUUUUGGCGGGUCUGCUGUUUCUGUACUUGAUUUUCAUGAGUUUUGAAAUCCCUCUAGUGCUUAGAACUGGGUUCGGAUCGUUACCGGGUGAUGGGUUUAACGGGUUUCUCGGUGACGCAUUCUCUCAACAAUUCAUGCUGGAAAGCGAACAAGACAUGGCGGAGAAAGAUGCCCCAAGUCGACCCUCCUUUAGGGUUUCAAAGGGCUUGUCUCAGUCUUCGCGGUUUCGGGCCCCUGCGCGUCGAAUGCGGGAGUACAAGAAAGUUUCUGGUUUGGCAUUUCACGGGGGUCUUCUCAAUAGUAAAGAUGGCUAUUCUGAGCUUCACAAGUCGGCCAAGCAUGCGUGGGAAGUGGGGAAGACGCUUUGGGAGAAGCUGGAUUCGGGAGAAAUCCAAGUUGAGUCGAAGAGGAAGGCGCAGAAUCAGUCGGAGUCGUGCCCACAUUCAAUUGCGCUAUCUGGGUCGGAGUUUCAGGAUCGAAAUAAAAUUAUGGUGCUUCCCUGUGGAUUGACGCUGGGAUCACAUAUUACGGUUGUGGGGAAGCCGCAUUGGGCACAUGCUGAGUACGACCCGAAGAUAGCGUUAUUGAAAGAUGAGGAUCAGAGUGUGAUGGUUUCCCAGUUUAUGAUGGAGUUGCAGGGAUUGAAAACAGUGGAUGGAGAGGACCCGCCUAGGAUACUGCAUUUCAAUCCAAGGUUGAAGGGCGAUUGGAGCGGGAAGCCGGUGAUUGAGCAGAAUACUUGUUAUAGAAUGCAAUGGGGGUCAGCCCUUCGGUGUGAGGGGUGGAAAUCAAGGGCGGAUGAAGAAACCGUUGAUGGGCAGGUGAAAUGUGAGAAGUGGAUUCGUGAUGAUGAUAGUCAUUCAGAAGAAUCAAAGGCUACAUGGUGGUUGAACAGGCUGAUAGGGCGGACAAAGAAAGUGGCGAUUGAUUGGCCAUAUCCUUUUGCAGAGGAAAAGCUAUUUGUUCUUACUGUGAGUGCAGGCUUGGAAGGUUAUCACGUCAAUGUUGAUGGGAGGCAUGUCACUUCUUUUCCCUAUCGCACAGGAUUUGUUCUUGAGGAUGCCACUGGCCUAUUUGUAAAUGGGGACAUUGAUGUGCAUUCUGUAUUUGCUGCUUCUUUACCGGCAUCACAUCCAAGUUUUGCUCCUCAGUUGCAUCUUGAGAAGUUGCCUAAAUGGCAGGCCUCACCUCUUCCAGAUGGACCUGUGGAGCUUUUCAUUGGCAUACUUUCUGCUGGCAAUCACUUUGCUGAGCGGAUGGCUGUGAGGAAAUCUUGGAUGCAGCAUAACUUAGUCAAAUCUUCUAAAGUUGUGGCUCGGUUCUUCAUAGCAUUGCAUGGAAGAAAAGAAAUAAACGUGGAGCUAAAGAAGGAAGCAGAGUAUUUUGGUGAUACUGUUAUAGUUCCUUACAUGGAUAAUUAUGACCUUGUUGUGUUAAAGACUGUUGCAAUCUGUGAAUAUGGGGCUCGCACUGCUGCUGCAAAGUAUAUCAUGAAGUGUGAUGAUGACACGUUUGUCAGGGUGGAUGCUGUGAUCAAGGAAGCAAGGAAAGUCCAUGAAGAUAACAGUCUGUAUGUGGGAAAUAUGAAUUACUACCACAAGCCCCUGCGAUAUGGUAAAUGGGCAGUGACUUAUGAGGAAUGGCCAGAAGAAGAUUAUCCACCCUAUGCAAAUGGGCCAGGUUACAUUGUGUCAUAUGACAUUGCAGAAUUCAUUGUUUCAGAGUUUGAAAAACACAAAUUGAGACUGUUCAAGAUGGAGGAUGUGAGCAUGGGAAUGUGGGUGGAGCAGUUCAAUAGUUCAAUGCCAGUGCAGUAUCUGCACAGUGUGAAGUUUUGCCAGUUUGGGUGCAUUGAGGAUUAUUAUACUGCACAUUACCAGUCCCCGAGGCAGAUGAUUUGCAUGUGGGAAAAAUUGCAACAGCAAGGAAAGGCCCACUGCUGCAACAUGAGAUGAUCAUGAUCUUCAUGACAUUAGAAAAAGCUCGGUUAUAAAGGGAAAACUUGAGAAAGAUGGAAACGCAGAAACAAGUUUUGUAGUCAUAGCAUGUCCUUGUACAUAAUGCUGAUGAGCUAAGUUAGAUACUGGGGCUGUUCAUGUUCCCUUUCAUGAUUCUUUCAUUAUUUAACCUUUUUCUUGUCCAA